AUGUCGGAUCCGUUUUUCCAAAAGAAGCGGAAACGCAGCGGCGAGACGGGCGCAGGAAAGGGGCGCGCGCCGCCGCGUCGUGGUGAUGAUGCCGACUCGGACGAUGCGGGCUUGGAGGCCGUCGAGGAUAUGGAUCUGCGGCACACGUUUGACGAGGACGAGGCGCAAGAGAGCGAGACGCCCGCUGAGGCCAAGGUUCGGCUGGCCAAGUUGUACCUCGAGGGCCUGCAUGAGAAAGAAGAGAUCGACGGCAUCGAUGCGGCCGCGGUCGAUCGCGAUAAUAUUGCCGCGCGUUUGCGCAAAGACGUCGAAGAGGGCAGUGGGCGCAUGCACUUGGCUGUGGCCUCGCGUCUGUCGAAGCCAGAGACGAAGGACGUGCUGUGCGUGCGGGGCCACCGCGCAUGCAUGACAUGCGCACGCACGGGCGCGAAUGCCGUUCAUUUGUUCACCUCCGACAAGGACGGGCGUAUUGUGCAGUGGCGUUUGCGCGACGGUCGACAAGUGAGUGUCAUGCCGCGAGGCCGCGACUAUGCUGCGGAGGCGCCGACAUCCAGCACGAGUGGCGCGGCUCGACGACGUGCGCGGCACCUGGAGCACGUGGCUCUGCAGCCUGGCGAAGGGCACACGAGCAGCGUGCUCUCGUUGGCGGUGAGUGAUGAUGGCAGUCUGUGCGCCUCGGCUGGCGGUGAUAAGCGCAUUGGCAUCUGGGAGACGACGCCGCCGCGGUGGGUCAAGGCGCUGGUGGGGCACAAGGACGCGGUGCGGUCUGUGGCGUUUCGGGGCGGGUCGAAGGAGCUGUAUAGUGCGUCUUACGACCGCACCGUCAAGCUAUUUGAUGCCGAGCAGCUGUCGUACAUCGAGACGCUCUUCGGGCACCAGGAAGCGAUUCAGGAUCUAUCGUGCCUGCGUGCGGAGCGUGCCGUGACGGCAGGCGGGCGUGAACGGACAUGCCGUCUGUGGAAGAUCGGCGAAGAGAGUCAGCUCGUAUUUCGUGGCGGCGCACGGAGCAAAGUACACGCGCUGCUCGAGGGCGGCGACCUCGUUGAUACCCCUGUGGAUAAGAAAAACGAGGUGCAUGAAGGCAGUAUCGACUGCAUCUCGAUGAUCGAUGACCACCACUUUGUGAGUGGCAGUGACAGCGGCGCCCUGUCGUUGUGGUCCAUCGCGAAAAAGAAGCCCCUGUUUGUGGUGCAUGCCGCGCAUGGGUAUGCGCCGCCCUCGGGCGAGACAGGUCGCGCACUGCCUCGCUACAUUUGCAGCGUAGCAUGCCUGCCGUACGGCGACGUGUUCGCGUCAGGCUCGUGGGACGGCGUGAUCCGCCUGUGGGCGCUGGAGCCUGGCCUCCGGUCGUUCCGGUUUCUCUUCGACGUGCCUGCGCCCGGCGUCGUGAACAGUCUCCAGCUGCUCACGCCCGCGAUCGAGCGAAUGGAGCAGUACCCCGUCGACCCAUCGCAAUGGCGCCGUCGUGGCGGUGUGCAUGCCCCGCUGCACCACGCGGAGCAGCAGGACCAGCCGCGCAGGUCAGCUGCGUCCCUGCGAGACACCGUUCACACGUCGGCCGACGGGCGCGUGUUGGGACACAAGGAAAGCAUACCACCCCUGCUGAUCGCCGCUGUCGGUCCGGAACCACGCGCGGAUCGCUGGAUUCACAUCCCAGACGCCGUGUCCGCGGCCCUCGUUGUGCCGCUAUGGCUCGAGGGAUCGGACACGUGA